GCAUAUUUGCGGUGUGCAUCAGUUGGAAAUGCAGCAAAGGGAUUUGAAUGCACCGGUAAACCCAUUCAAUCCAGACAUAUUCACAGCUAUUGACUUUGCACCUUCUGAAGUGACUGAGAGGGAAUAUCCCCAUACAGACCCUGCAGAACAUCAGGAAGACCCGGAGAACCUCAGGCAGACCCUGCAGAGUCGGGCAAAUCAGACUAAAGAAAAAGGAAUAUCCGUAACAACCAAAGAAAUUAGGCCUACUGAAGAAUACCGCUGUAAGAUAGAACCGGCUGUGGAACCUGCUGUAGAGCCGGAACCGGCUGUGCAACCUGCAACGAUGGAACCCAAUGCAAUCCUCGACGUAAAGGGAAGUGUAAACAAACUGAUCGAACUUUGCGGGGAAAACCUGCCUUAUAUCGCAGGCCUUCGGGAAAAUGAUCGAAUUCCUCACGAAAAGGAAAGCGGAGUGAAUUUAAGAUACUCUGCUGCAGUCGGUCAUAUGGUUGAUUCGCUGACGCGUGGAAAAACAACGAAGUAUGGGGGAAACAAUCGCAAUGAACUACUGCGCCGAAGUUUCUAUUCAUUGAUAAUGUAGUUUCAUUUUUCAGCCAAUAUGGCGGUCGUUGU